UGUGUGUGCGCUCAGUGCCCCACCCCCCACACGUAUGGAACAUGUCCCGGCUUCCUAUAAAGCCUGAACCCGGCGAACACAAUGUACUAUGCAUCCACACGGAGGCUGACCGACCUCGCCCACCCCCUCCUCCCACGUGAGACCCACCGCAGCCGCAGAGCGACCCCAUCUCGUCCUUUGACCCGCCUCGCAUCAAUAUCGGCAGACAUGAUCAUCAGACUGGGCAGGCUGACACCUGGAUACUUCCGCCUCCUCCAGAGGCAAGUUGCCGGCGAGGUGCAGACUCAGCCACAAGACCGAGCCAUCAACCAGAUAGCCAUGAUGCUGGCCAUCAUGGGUCUGAGUCUGUCCUACUACAGUGCCAAACAGAUGACGGAGAAGGUCCAGGUCCAGCCUGCGCCGUGAAGAGACUUGACUACUCUGAUCGUGGAGAUAAAGGAUGAGCCAAUGAGAAGUGAAGGAGCUGGAUUAAGGUGGCAGAAGUAGAGACACAACAAUGUCUUCCAGGACUUCACUUUUCUCACCUCACAGUCGUAGUCGCACUCAGACACUGAAUUUCUGGGAUCCCUUUUUCACCGUGGCCGAGAGAUUUCAGGGCUGCUGUUGAGGUGUUUACUAUACGUUCUGUUGUCAGUACUUUCAAGGGUGUUUUUGGUGGGGAUGGGUCCCUUGGGGGUCUGGAGAGGACAGGUUUUAUGGUCUGGUUUGGGUGGGUGAUCAAAACCAGCUGACUGCCAGUUGGGUCCGACCAUUAGUUGUUACAAAGGUACAUGCUUGCAAGAUGCUGUCGGUCCUGUUCUGAGCUUCAAAAAGGGGCUGAAGAACUCUUCAAUAACUGUGAAUUUUGCCAGUGCUCAAAACUUGUCCGAAAAACGUUAAAUACUCUGAACAUUGAUGCCUUUAAGGGAAGACGGACGGCAGUCAAGAUGUACCUUGUAACGAAGUGAUGGUAGGUCCACAACUUGAUUAAAGAGGAUGAAAUUUAGCUCAACCCUUUCAGGUUUUGUUUUGUUUUGUGUUUUUUUUUUUUUUUUUGUGUUGCUUUUUUUUCCUUUACAAGAGAAACUCGCAGGGUUUUGUGAACAGAUGGGGAGCCGUAUUCACAAACUGUCAAUUUAUAUACUUGUGAAAUGUAUCUGUCAGGUGUCAGAGUCAGUAAAUAUUUGCACAAAUUGUAGAAAUAGUUUUUAAAUACCAAGGUAGAUCUGCAGAGAGGCUUGACACUACUCACUACCUUUUCUUUUCUUACGUUUAUUUCAUCUGUGAUUUCACUGCUUUAAAUCUAUAAAUGUCCUGUUGAUAAGAUGUGUGACUGCCUCAAUGAGCACCCCAGUCAAGAACCCUUCCUGCAGUAUCUACUGCAUAUAAACACAAACAUUUAACUUAAACGUUGCAUGGGUGUGCAGACUGUUAGUGAGAGUCUGUCUUGUUUUUAUUGAUGAAUGUAUUCCUUUUUUUGUAAUGAUUUAAUAAAGCUGUGAAUAUUUUGA